AUGUUUCCUGUAGCCCUGUUUUUAAUAAUCGCCUUCAAUUUCAGCGGUAUCAGCGUUCAGUUCGAUACUGAGGAAGCGGCAGUGAAGGCGAACGAGCAAGUCAAGCCACUGCUGUUGCGUCUGAAUAGAUCAAAUGAGAAAGCCCGCAGACGAUCUUCUAAAUCUGAGGAUGUAUCUCAACCAGAAAAGUGGGAAGUGGAUGAUCCUGACUGUUUCAAGAAAUUGUACGUCAGCCAACUUUUGCCGGGUACAGAAGAAGACCUCAUUCUAGCGAUAUUUGGUAAAGAAUCCUUGAAAAGCGUCAAGACAUUUCCUGAUGAAAAGUUUAGUGACGGCAGCAGAGCAGCGGUGCUGACGUUUCAUUCUAAGGAACUCGCUGAUCAGGCUAAAUGCGAAUUUGAUGGUUUCAGCGUAGACGACGGAGAGACUUAUAGUGUAAUCUUUCCAGAGAUCGAAGCGGACAGGCUUCGCAGAGAACAGCAGUGGCUGUCAGGCAGCAAGGAACUCAACUCUACUAAAAAUGCUGUAAUGCUGAAUGGACAGCGAUCAUCCGGUGAAGCCGAUUCGGUCCAAGAGUUACGGAUACCGAAUAGUGACUCGUAUCGCCCUUUUCAUCACGAGGCAGGAUCCUCAGACAAGCUUACUGUAGCUGGUGAAGGUACAAUCAGUUGUAUACCGUCUACCAGCGGACCGCCGGUGGAAAAUGAUCACACUUUGUUGUCAUCGAAGAAGGCUCUUGGCAAAGCUGGUAAUCUUUGGUCCGCCCAGAUUGUCGAAAACCGCAGCGCUGAUCAGAACGACAGCCCCACAACAAAGAGCGCCGAUGGUGGAGGUUGGAAAGCAAAGACAAAUCAGCCGAAUUCGUUGCCCGUGGUAGAGUCUUCUGAUUCAGCACCGGUUCCCCCACCUCAGCGUCACAACUACGGUGGAUCCGGCUCUUCACAGCAGCAGCCCACCCACCACCAGGCGGAGAGCGUGGAGUUGAGCGUCUCUGAUAUUCAACGUAUAAUCGAACGAAUCAUGGAACGAGACCGAGUAAACUGGGCAGAAUUGAGCUCUGCCCACGAUCUCUGGAUGAUCAUCCAUCAAACGGUGCAGGAAAUGGGCUGGCAGCCUGAAGAGACCUUGAAAGAAGCCAUGAUGACUACCUUACAUUGCGCACUCUCCAAGUCAGAAGUCGAUUGGCUGCGAAAUCAUCUCUUGGCUUUGAUCAGGAUUUGGAAGAAGGAGAUAGAAAACAAGUCGCGUAGUAAAAUCCGGAAGCAGAUCCAGCUAGCGGAUCUGGAUAGCACAACGGAAGUGCCUGGCGCCAGUUAUGUGCCUCCUCCGGAAAAUCAAUUACCCGAAAAGCGUAGGAAAGGCCACAAACGUAACCUAAAGCAGCUAAUGGGUGUGGGUGCGAUGCUGGCGAGUGUUCAGAAGGAGUCAAGUGGUGUUGCUGACUCUUCAGGUGACAGAAAGCGAGAUGAGGAACGAAGACACAGCCAUCGACGGCAGAAGGAAUCCGCUUCAGAGUCGGGCGAGGCAUCCAGCACCAGUAGUGACGAAUCGGAGAGUCAAGAAGUGGCAGAGCUUGCAGAGGCUUCGAAGACGCAACAGUCGCAAUCCAGUAGCCAGAACAGUGAAUCUUCGGACGAUGAACGUCAAAGGAAGCGACGGAAGGCAAGGAAGCGAUCGAAACAGGGUGGCGGCGGGGAUGGCAUACCUAAGUUGUCGUUUGGCAAUUUAAAUCCAAUGGCAAUGCAGCAGUGGAUAUCGCAGAUGAUGCCGGCUAUGAUCCAGGUAAUGCCUCUGAUGGCGCAGAUCAUGCAAAUGCGCAUGGGAACCCUGAGCAGUAUGAACCCGCAGCAACAGCAACAGAUGAUGCAGCAGCUGAAUCAGCAAGUGCAGCAGGUGAAUAACGUACCCUCCACUGCUCAGUCAGUAAAUCCUCCACUUCACCAGCAACAGGCGAUGGCAAUGAACUGGAUGCAGCGAAUGAUGGCCCCUGCCGCGGCACCUGUUCCGCAGAACUCUGGUGGUAUGCCAUAUCCAAGCAGUUUCAGUGCACCUCCGCCGCCGCAAGCACUUUAUUCGUAUAAUGGCGUUCCCCCGCCAAGUUUUCCAUCUCCAGCCAGUGGAUACUCGGCCCAUUGA